AUGGACCAAUAUACCCCUUCACUUAAUACAAGGUUUUCGUUCGAAUCUUCACCAGAGAAAAACACAGCGCAGCCUCCAUUCUUCUCUCGUCGCCUCCUCAGGCGAUUCCCGAUUCCUCGCCGCCGACUUCCAUCGUCGGAUACCGUCGCACCCACAGCACCGGCGACCGUCGCACACCACAGAUACGAUUCAGAAACUCACAUAACCAGCAGCCGCACUCCGCCGCCGUCGUCUCCCGCCAUGGGAGCUCUCCCCGCUGACUUCGCUUGGACCUCCGAAGACGAUUUCAAGUUGAAAACCGCUGCACAGAGUGGUGUCCCCUUGGAAUCAAUAGCUACAGGAGCUGUAAAGUUUUCAAAACAGUUCACCAUUCAAGAGCUCCAUGAUCGUUGGCAUGCUCUACUCUAUGAUCCAGUCAUUUCUGCUGAAGCAUCUGCUCGCAUGUUAGAAUUCGAGUUUUUUGCUUUAUCUAAACUUUCAAUUUUUAAUGAUUUAGACAAUCUUGAAGAGAAUAUUUCAGUCCCUAGAAAGAGAAAACCCGAGGGUGUACGCAAACGUUACUAUGCUAUGCGAAAGAGAACACGUAUUCAUCCAUUAAAUCCACUGGAUCCCAAUUUCCCUGAUGCAUCUUUUAAUCCCAUUUGUAUUGAAAAUGAAGAACAACCUCCACCCACAUACUUUGUUGCUCAAAACAACGAGGCUGAUACUGAUUAUCAUGCUGACAUGGAUCUUGAUGUUAAUAAUCAGCAAACACUUAAUCAAUGUUUCAUUGAGGAAGACAAUUAUAUUGAAGAAUCUGAUGAAUUUAAAGAGAUUUACGACUUACUUGAAGAUGAAGGACCAGAAUUUCCAUCCAUUAAUCCCGAAACCCUAAAUUUACCACAUCCUAAUUCAUCUGAAUUUCAUUUCAAAGAACAAUCAAUGGCAACAACAUCAAAUUUUCAUGUUAAGAUAGAAAACGAAAUGUGUGGUGACAUAAACGCCAACAACUAUUUGAUGGAAAUAUCAAAUACCCUUUUUGACCUUGGUGAGGAUGACCUUCCUCCAUUGGAUGCUGAUGGAAACGUAAUUGACAAAUCUUAUAUCGAUGGUUUGAGUUCACUUUUGCUUGAUUCUCCUAAAAGAGACAUUAAUUGUGAUUCCAUUGUUGAGGAAAGUAAAAGCUUGGAGGGUAUUUUGGGUAUAAUGCUGCCAUCUACAACAUCUGUUGUGAAUUGUAAAUCACAUACUUCUGUGAUUAUAUGCACUUUGAACACUGAGGAUCCAGAUAUACCAAGUAAUGAUGAUGUUUUUCUCCUUCCAUUUUCAUCUCCUUAUGCAAUGCAAACAGAUAUUCCUCAUUCUUCACCUCAUCAAAAUUCAAACUCUUUUAGGGAUUCUGUACCUAAUUGGAAAAACGAAUUUAGGGUUCCUAAAUCAAUACCCCAAAAAGAUACCAAAUACCAAAAAUCCCAAUUUGAUACUCCAAUUAUUGGAUCACAGUUGCGAACAGAAACACUAGGAGAUCAUAGAAUCAAACAGGAUUUGGUCAAUAAUGAUGGUCAAAGUCAAACCCUAGUUCAUCCAAUAGCUAUAAAAUCUGAGCAGGAAUUGCAUCAUGGUUCUGAUAUUUUUACAAAUUGUGUAAAGUUGAAUCCUGGUCAAGAAGAAGAAACAUUACAUGAAAUAGACUCAAAAGAAGUGGAUAAUCCUAUUGUGUUACAGUUGUCAAUAGAUGAUGACAUGUCAUCUGUUAGUGAUGACGAGGAUAUCCCGAGCUUUUCUGACGUGGAAGCAAUGAUACUUGAUGAGAAAUUGUGUGAAGAGGAAAAGAGUUUAUAUCUAAAUGGAAAUUGGAGUUAUCGAAAUCUACAAACCCUAAAAUACAAAAAUCCAAAUUUUCAAAGAAAAUUCAUUCGAUUGGAACAAGCUGCCAAUGGUUAUAUGAAAAGAGACAUGUCAUCAUCGGGAGCUUUUGCUCUUUUACAAGGGUGGCAAUUUAUAUAUCAUGUUAAAAAACCCGAGAUUUUAUUGGGAAGGGCAACGGAAGAUGUUAUUGUUGAUGUUGAUUUGGGAAGAGAAGGUAGUGACUGUAGAAUAUCUCGACGACAGGCGAUUAUACAAUUGGAUCGGGAGGGUUUUUUUCAUAUAAAGAAUCUCGGGAAAUAUUCAAUUUUUGUAAAUAGUGAUGAACUAUCAACCAAUCAGAGUGCUUCUCUCACUUCAAGUUGUUUAAUUGAGAUAAGAGGAAUGCCAUUUCUAUUUGAGACUAAUGAAGAAAGUAUAAAGUCGUAUGUUGAGAGCAUGAAGAACAAAAGUGAUGUGGAGGACUAAUUUUGAGCUUCAAUGACUUUUGAAGGUGCUACUUUUUAACUGCACUUUCUGUUCUUCUGGUCAUAAUGGGUAGAGUAUUUUACAAAUUUGGUCCCUAUGCUUUACUCAAAAUUGUAAGUUUAGUCCAAUGUUUCUUUUAUAACUUGCAUUUCGUUGUAAGAGGGACUAAAUCCGCAAUGGCGACCUUGGAAUGAUUUAAGAAGUUGGACCGAACUUGUGAUUUUGUGUAAAACACAGGGACUAAGUUUGUACUUUCUCUUAUCUCUAUCUCUGGUGUUACGCU